AUGGAGCACGGGAUGAUGGGGAGCUUGUGCGGGAGGCGGCCGCGGGCGGAGACGCGCCACCCGGUGUACCACGGCGUGCGGUUCCGGGCGGGAAAGUGGGUGUCAGAGAUCCGGGAGCUGCGCAAGCCCACCAGGAUCUGGCUUGGCACCUACCCGACGCCCGAGAUGCCCGCCGCCGCCUACGACGCGGCCGCAUUGGCGCUGCGCGGCGCGGGCACGGCGCUCAACUUCCUUUACGCCGCCAGGUCGUUCCCGGCACCGGCUUCCGUAUCCGCCGCCGACGUCCGGCCAGCCGCGGCAGCGGCCGCCUCGUCCUGGACGACGACUCACCAGAGCGACCGAUACUACUGCCAUCACGACGUUCAGCUGCGCGGCGGCGAGGAGGACCAGCGCCGUGACGAAUUGGGCGUCGUGGACGAGGACGACGUGUUCGAGAUGCCGCGGCUGAUGGUGAGCAUGGCGGAGGGGCUCAUGAUCAACCCGCCGGCGCUGGGUCCAGCGGCGGCGGACGGUGGCACGGCGACGUCGUACUACGCGGAGGUUGAGGAUGAGAACGGCGUGAGCUUGUGGGAUCACUCUUGAUUGAUCGAUCACGUAGCUGGAGGUAGUGGAGGAGGGUGUGACUGAGACCGAUGGCGACGUCAUGACCUGGUGGUGGAGAUGUGGGAUCGCCCGUGAUAUGGACGGAGGAAUAUAUUUGGCGUCUUCGCGAAACGUAUAUGUAUACGUUCUGUGAUGAGCCCUAGUACGUAGCAUGGAUGUGAAAUGGACGAUAGAGACACAAGACGUAUACACAGAGAUACAAAUUCCAUGUCAUUUUUUUUCUUGAAAUCACUUUAGGGUGAGUGCAUGGUGUUUAUUUUAUUGUA